AUGACACAGAUUGUUUCAUCGAAACCUUAUUGUCUUGAAAAUUCUACUCAAUUAACUCGUCCAGCUUCUGAAACUUUCUAUCGUAUCUCAGGUCACAAUGUACCGACGAUUAUCGACAAACAGCAAGCCAAACGUUUGUACCGACUUCAGCAAGCACCAAAUAUAGAUGCACGUGUUCAAUUGGAUACAUCUGAUGUUGGUUAUGAUAGACAAGGAUAUUUCGAAAGUGUUGUGCGAAAACAAGUCGGUGAAAGUGCUACGCAACCAACUCAACAAGUGUUCCAUCGACCAACGGACAUGUCGAAUGCAUCAUUGGCACGAUUCUCACUUGGCAAAGCUCGGCUUGAUCCUCAAAGAAUUGUACCAAGUGAAGUAACAACACUACGCAAUCAUCCAUCUGCGGCUACAAUGCUCCGACAUGAUCAAGGUCCCACAGAAGAAAUUGUACCACGUUAUACAGAAAGAUUAGUAACAGAUCGAGCUCUUCGUGGUCGACUUGGUCCAGGAGGUGUUUUGAUUCCUGAAGAAGAUUGUAGAGAAGCUGAAAUAUAUCUUAGAAAAUUAGGUCGCUCAUCAGCUCCCGCAAGUCUAGUUCAACAGUCAAGACUGAAUCAAUCGGGUAAUCAAUUAUCAAAACGUGAUGAACUCGCCCGUCGUUUUAUGUAUACUUCAACUCAACAAGCUGCUUUCGAUGAAGUUGCAUGGGAUUCCAAAUUACCACCCAAGCUACCUAUGCCAUUGUCUACGUAUGAGGUUAAUGGAAGUGAUCCAGUUUUACAAUCGAAACGUCUAAUAUCACUUCAAGACGCACGUACACGUCAAAUCCUUGAAUGGGAUCGUGUACAAUUGCGAAAUGUUAAUUUCUAUCGAAAACCUCUUGAGAACGUGGCACCAUUACCGCGUGCACAUCACAUAUCCGGUUAUUCAGGGUGUAUCGGUGGUAAUAAUAUACAAGAUAUCGAUAAUCCAACCGUGGAUUUUCAACCAUACACCAUCGUUCGUAGUGAUCAACCGAAGUUCGGUAUCAAUCCAUUUAAGACAAAUAUUCCGUUCUACACGGGCAAGUCUCAUUGGACUAAGACUUCACCGGUAUCACACUACGAUUCGCAAGGUCAAGCUUACACCACAACAGCUGAGUACCAUAAACCUCUUUAUGCUGAUGAACCCAUACAACGACAUACGGAUCAAAAUGGGCAAUUAUCUCGAUCAGUAACAACAGUUGUUCCACAAAACCCGUUCAAUAAAAUGGAUAAUACUUGUACAACAACUAAUGGUUCAUUAGAUAGUCGCUCACAUAUUGUCAUGAGAGAUUUACCGCGAAGCACAUCGUCACCAUCAAAAACGGCAAAAGCAAAUGAAAAUAAAACACAGAAGACUGAAACUAAUCAAAUGAAGAAUUGA